CCUUUGCGAUUAUGCGUUUGCGAGCUAUCGUUUGACAUUUCCACCUUCGGCUCGUCCAUUUCGUUUUUAGCUCCGGCAAGUAAAGUCUCGUCUCGGUGCUGUCCGUGGUUCAGCGCUGUUCAAGAAACUUGAUUAUCUCGACCAGGACAAUAUAAAAUGGCCACCAGUGGAAAGGAUAUCGAAAAGCCUGUCGCGGAGGCAACGACCGUUCACCGCAUUCGUAUUACGUUGACCUCUCGCAAUGUCCGCAGCCUGGAGAAGGUUUGCGCUGAUCUGAUCAGCGGAGCCAAAAAACAGAAGCUGCGUGUCAAGGGCCCAGUUCGUAUGCCUACGAAAAUCCUGCGCAUCACUACCCGUAAGACACCUUGCGGUGAAGGUUCCAAGACAUGGGAUCGUUUCCAGAUGCGCCUGCACAAACGCAUCAUCGAUCUGCAUUCGCCAUCCGAGAUCGUCAAACAGAUCACCUCGAUCAAUAUCGAACCCGGUGUAGAGGUUGAGGUCACCAUUGCCGAUCCUUAGAUGCAGGAUUGCAACCAGGGUGGUGAUGCGUAUUAUCGGUUUACGAUAAAGACUGGUGCAAAAAUGUUUCGAUUAUUGAAACACGUCGCAGGAAUGAUAGGAAUGUUUUUCUAUCGUUCAUCGACUCACAAAUAAACAUUGAAAAAAAGAAUUAUCCUCCGCA